AUGCUGAGGAGUGCACGCAGCCUGGACCGCGGUCUGGAACACAGCCUGAGCCGCGGCGAGGAGCGUAGCUUGGACCGCAGUCUGGAACACAGCCUGGGCCGCGGUGAGGAGCGUAGCCUGGACCGCGGCCUUGAACACAGCCUGGGCCGCGGUGAGGAGUGUAGCCUGGACCGCGGCCUUGAACACAGCCUGAGCAGCGGUGAGGAGCGCAGCCUGGACCGCGGCGUGGAACACAGCCUGAGUCGUGGUGAGGAGCGUAGCCUGGACCGGGGCCUGGAGAGCAGUGCGCCGUGUAGGACGGAGCCACCAUCAGAGCGGGGAGAAGCGCGCACCGACCGGAUCAGGUCGGACUCGGCCUUCGUCGCGUCACCGGACCGGGAGGUCGUGGAGGCGGCCGAGCCGCAGCCGCAGCCACACAGCCCGCCUUGCUUGGAGUCCGCGGCCAAGCCGAGCGAGCCGCCGCGCGCGGACGGGACGGUCGAGAGCGCGCCGGCCGCCACCAUCUGCUCGGGCACGGCCAGCUCGUCGUCCGGGUACCUGGGCUCGCACGGCUCAGAGGCGUCCGAGCCGGCCGGGCUGGCGCGACUCAGCCUGCUGGGCCGGCUGGCGGACGGGCGUGACUCGCCGCCGGAACGGGCGCGCCUGCUGACGCUCUCGCCGCAGCCGAGCGAGCCAGACUGGGCCGAGCUCGAACUGGAGAUAUCCGAGCCGGGCAGUCCGCCGACCGGCCGUCUUCUGCCCGUGCUGGAGGACGGCCUGUCGGACGGCGGCGAGUCAGCGGGCGAGGAGGCGUCGGAGGGACCGCACCGUUGCCAGGAGCCGACGGCAUCGGCUCAGGCCGGGCGGCGCUCACCGUCACCGCCGCCGGCACCGGCGCCGGCACCGCUGCCGGCGGCGGUGACCGACCAGCGGCUGGCCAACAUCACGCCGACACGCCAGCGGGAGGUGGAGGCGUACCUCUGCCAGCAGCAGCAGCAGCAACAACAACAGCAACAACAGCAACAACAGCAACAACAUCAACAGUCGCAGCAGCAGCAGCAGCAACAGCAGCAGCAGUACAGGGCGUGCUACGGAAGCAGCGACCUUGAUCUGCGAUCUCUUGAUCCUCUAGGCUCAAACCACUCAUCGCCGCUCUCUCUGCCCGUCAACAAUGGGCGCCGGGCGGUACUGAGCUCGCCCUCGCCCCCGCCUGCUUACUCCUCUGCGGCGGGCACGGUCUCGCUCGGUCGGGCCGAACCGCGCCGGCCGCCGGCGCUGCCCGUGCUCGAGUCGCCCGUGGAGGAGGAGGACCACAGCCGAGCGGAGCGCUCCACCUGGAUACCCAGGUGGGUGACUGCACCGGCCGCUCGCGCCGACACGCACACACGCGCCAACACGCACGAACUCACACGAAAACGAUAG